AUGGCGGAGUUUCAAGUUUCAACUGAUUCACCGUCCACCGAGUUGUCAGUAACGACAUCACCUGUCACUGCAGAAGUUGGCGAGAUCGAGGCGCCGUCAAACAUCUCGUCGCCAUCUUUGCCACAUGUUCGGCCGGUCGAAGAUGACGUGCUGCAGCGGUCAAGUCCGAUGUACAACACGGCAGCAGCGCAGUUUGACGGUGCCGAGUCUGAAAACUGUUCGACGAAACCAUCGGUCCACCAGGCAAAUGGUAUCCAGGAUAUGGUGGUGACCCGGGGCGGCCGCAGUGACGCAGUCACGAACACGACGGCAACCGCGGUACUUCCCAGACACGAUGUACUCGAUAUCGAGUUACCUUCCGUCGCAUCCAUGGGGGAGUUGCAAGUUUCGACAGAUUUACCGUCCACCGAGUUGUCAGUAACGACAUCACCUGUCACUGCAGAAAUUGGCGAGAUCGAGGCGCCGUCAAACAUCUCGUCGCCAUCUUUGCCACAUGUUCGGCCGGUCGAAGAUGACGUGCUGCAGCGGUCAAGUCCGACGUACAACACGGCAGUAGCGCAGUUUGACGGUGCCGAGUCUGAAAACUGUUCGACGAAACCAUCGGUCCACCAGGCAAAUGGUAUUCAGGAUAUGGUGGUAACCCGCGGCGGCUGCAGUGAUGCAGUCACGAACCCGACGGUAACCGCGGUAAUUCCCAAACGCCGGUCUCUGUGGGGCCGGACAAAGAGAUUCGUCCGGCGAAUGCUUUGUUGCGGCGCUAUAUCGGCAUAGACUACUGCGUGACCACUGACCAGUGUAUGUGCGUGUUUAUGCCGAGAUUGCUCCGCAUUUUUGUGUCCGGUUGAACUUGUUCGCCGGAAAAUCAGUUAAAAUCUUUUUACUUCCGCCAUUGUAUACGCGUUCAUUCUGAGUUCGCUCAGACGUUUGAACGUUUCCCCGAGUCACACGCACUGUACUGACUUUAGUUACCAUUUAAAUCGCACCGUUUGCGUCAUAGAUCUGCUGUGGAAAUGGUCGGUAAAUACUGCUGCCCUCCGCUCCUA